CUGCCCGGGGCUACGCGAUGGAGUCGAGGGGCGGCGGCGCGGAGGCCUCGGGCGGCCCGCGGGUGCUGGUGGUGGGCGGCGGCAUCGCGGGGCUGGGCGCGGCGCAGCGGCUCUGCCGCCACCCCGCCUCCCCGCACCUGCGGGUCCUGGAGGCCACGGCCCGUGCCGGCGGCCGCAUCCGCUCCGAGCGCAGCUUCGGUGGCGUGGUGGAGGUGGGCGCGCACUGGAUCCAUGGCCCCUCGCAGGGCAACCCUGUGUUCCAGCUGGCGGCCAGGUACGGGCUCCUGGGGGAGAGGGAGCUGUCCGAGGAGAACCAGCUGCUGGAGACGGGCGGCCACGUGGGCCUGCCCUCCGUGUGCUACAGUAGCUCCGGGGCCUGCGUGAGCCUGCAGCUGGUGGCCGAGAUGGCCAGUCUGUUCUACGGCCUCAUAGACCAGACGCGAGAGUUCCUGCAUUCCACCAAGACCCCUGUGCCCAGCGUCGGGCAGUUCCUCAAGCGGGAGAUCAGCCAGCUGGCGGCCGGCUGGACAGAGGACGAGGACACCAGGAAGCUGAAGCUGGCCAUCCUGAACACCUUCUUGAACGUGGAGUGCUGCGUGAGUGGCACCCACAGCAUGGACCUGGUGGCCCUCGCGCCCUUCGGGGAGUACACGGUGCUGCCGGGGCUGGACUGCACCUUCGCUGGGGGCUACCAGGGACUCACAGACCACUUAGUGGCCUCCUUGCCGAAGGACGUGAUGGUCUUUAACAAGCCCGUGAAGACGGUGCACUGGGCCGGGGCCUUCCAGGAGGCGGCAUCUCCCGGCGAGACCUUCCCGGUGUUGGUGGAAUGUGAGGAUGGAGACCGCUUCCCUGCCCAUCAUGUCAUCAUCACCGUGCCCCUAGGCUUCCUUAAGGAGCGUCUAGACACCUUCUUUGUGCCUCCGCUGCCUCCCGACAAGGCAGAAGCUGUCAAGAAGAUGGGCUUUGGGACCAACAAUAAAAUCUUCCUGGAGUUUGAGGAGCCCUUCUGGGAGCCUGCCUGCCAGCACAUCCAGCUGGUGUGGGAGGACAGCUCGCCCCUGCAGGAUGCCGCCCCCGUGCUGCCCGACACCUGGUACCGGAAGCUCAUCGGCUUUCUCGUGCUGCCACCCUGUGGGUCUGUCCAUGUGCUGUGUGGCUUCAUCGCUGGGCUGGAGUCCGAGUUCAUGGAGACGCUGUCAGAUGAAGAGGUGCUCACGACUCUAACCCACGUGCUCCGGAGAGCAACAGGGAAUCCGGAGCUCCCCGCGCCCAAGAGCGUGCUGCGGUCGCGGUGGCACAGUGCCCCCUACACUCGGGGCUCCUACAGCUACGUGGCCGUGGGCAGCACCGGCGACGAUAUCGACCUGCUGGCCCAGCCCCUCCCUGCAGACAGCGCCGGCGCCCAGCUGCAGGUCCUGUUUGCUGGGGAGGCCACGCACCGCACGUUCUACUCCACCACGCACGGAGCCCUGCUGUCCGGCUGGCGGGAGGCCGACCGCCUCGCUGGGCUGUGGGAGCCGCAGGCGCCGCGGCCGUGGCCCAGGCUCUAGGCGGCUUCUCGGCCCCGGGGAAUUAUAGCCGCCGCCCCCUCCGUCCUCACUGGAGCCUACUGGGGCUGACCUGAGCCGCGUGGCCCUGGCCCAGAAGCUAGGCCUGGCGGCGCCACCGCGCACAUAAAGCUUCUGAAAUGUC